AUGAAUAUGAAAAUUGCACUGAUCGGAAGUGAAAAAGCCGCCCAAGGAUUUGAAAUUGCAGGUUUGAAUAAAAAGGAUGGCACGGUGUAUACUUUUGAGCAUGAUUGUGAUAUUGAAAGACUAAAAGAAGCAUUCUACACUCUUAUAAACAAAAACGAUGUUGGGUUGAUAUUUAUUGCUGAAAAUUUAUCAGAAUUGCUAAAAAAUGAAAUUAAUGAGUAUAAAAAGACGCUUCCGGCUAUUCUAAAGAUUCCAUCGAGAUUCUAA